AAAAAUGUCUUCUCUAAGAAAAGAUAUGAACUGAUGGAUCUCAAUUCCAUAGUUUUAAUCAAUAUUCUUCCUUAUACAAUUCUUAUUUCUGUAUAUGCUUUACUGUACCUGUCUUUCUAAAACUGUCUUAAUCAAGAAAAAAAAAAAAAAAACAAAACAGCAACUUUGAAGUUUUGUAGAGACUGGAUUGUUUCCAGAGUGUAAAGAAAAGCAGAAUAUUUUGAGAAGUCGUAGAAUUUGCAUGGAGAAGCUCUUUGACAAGAUGAAAGAGAAUGAAAGUCCCAGUUACAGAAGUAGAAAUAUGUCUUAAUUAUUUUUCUUCUAGAUAAAUACAAUAAACGAUAGUAUUUCUCACCUGAUGAGCUUUAAAAUAGGUUGAUACGUUUUAUGACUGUACAUAAGAAGAAAAAUAUAAUGGUAUUAAAAUAUUCACAUAGUAGUAUUUUGCCAUAUAGUAAACACGGAAAACUCCAGAUUUUUAAGACUCCCUGAAAAUCCCUGAGAAGAAAACCAUUCCUGGGGAAAAAAAGGCAAGGCAGUUAAGAUAAUCUUUAGGUGAUUGCUUAAGAGAAUUUAGCUGGAGUACUUGAAGUGGUCACAUGCUGUUUUGUAAAUAAUUUGUUUUGUUGAUGAUUCUAAUCUUGUAUUCCUUUGAACAUGUCUCUGCAAGUGUUAGGUUGUCAUGGGAAGUAUUCCUUGAAUGUCUCUGAAAUGUGUAUGUUUUUCUCCUAAGCUUCACAAUGAGGAUGACCCCCCCGAGUCUGCAGCGGCUGAGCAGCCUUCGACGUCUGCAGAGACUCCGCAGCCUCCGCAGACAGCAGCCUUACCUGAGGCUGAUACUUCCCCUCCUCCUUACUGUAGCAUAGCUGUGGAAGCAGCUGCAACCUCAGACACACACAAUGAGUUUUAUCCUGUACCACCUCCAUACAGUGUAGCUACCUCUCUUCCUACGUAUGAUGAAGCAGAGAAGGCCAAAGCUGCAGCCAUGGCAGCUGCUGCAGCUGAAGUUGCCCAGCGACACGCCCAGUUUAGGGAAUCUAGGAGUCUGUUUGAUGAAAUAUUCCUCAGUCGUCCAGAGGAAGAAGAGUAUCCACCACGGGAUGAUUUCAGUGAUGCAGAUCAGCUUAGAGUGGGCAAUGAUGGCAUCUUCAUGUUGGCAUUUUUCAUGGCGUUUAUUUUCAACUGGAUUGGAUUUUGUUUAUCCUUCUGUAUAACAAAUACUAUAGCUGGAAGGUAUGGUGCAAUCUGUGGAUUUGGUCUCUCCCUGAUCAAAUGGAUUCUCAUUGUACGGUUUUCAGAUUAUUUUACUGGAUAUUUCAAUGGACAGUACUGGCUUUGGUGGAUAUUUCUUGUACUUGGACUCCUUCUGUUCUUUCGAGGCUUUGUUAAUUAUCUUAAAGUCAGAAAUAUGUCUGAAAGCAUGGCAGCUGCUCACAGAACAAGAUUUUUUUUCUUGUACUGAAGACUGCAUCGAACAGACAUUCCUUUCCUGUGCUGGUGUGAAACUUCCAGAUGAUCUGUAACCCUCCAAGUUAAUAAAAUAGAAGACUACUAAAACCAGAAGACAAAUAAUUGAAAAUAUGGCUUCAAAAAUGAAUGACAGGAUGGUUUAUGAUCAAGUACCAAUUCUGGUCAUUCUAGUAAAUAUUUAUAAUUGCUGCCUUUUGUUUUAGCACAUUUGUAUAUGUGCUUGUUAAAAAGAUAGUAUUGAAAUAAGAACAAACUAUCUGUAAGUAUAGAUUAGGUACAGUCAGACUCAGUUAAUCUGUUCUUGUUGUAUCUGAAAGAUUUGAGUGGUAACUUGUUUCACAGCUUGUAUGUACCACAGACUUGGUGAUCUGAACUUCUGAGUACAAUGAAAUGCAUUAAAUGAUUCAGAUUAACCAGUUCAGACAGAUUUUUUUAUAUAAUUUAGAUUCAUCUAAUGAUUGUAUAGAACAUUUUUAAGUUUACUAAACCCCUAAGUUCCUUGUCACAAACUUAUAUUCGCCAAUAUUUUAUUGAAUUCAAGCCAAUAUACUGGUUUGUGCUAAAACUGAUACACUUUGAGUCCCCUGUAAAUAACUCUGCCUAAAUGACUGUUUUAAUUGCUUCUUAGGAAAUAUGUCAAAAUAUAUUUUGUAACAGCAUAUUCUCUAAAUUUUGUUUAAUCUUAGAGCUAUAUACAUAUUUUUUGUUAAUUGGCUAUUAAAGGUUUAGUUAAUAGUAGCUGUAAUUUUGGAGGUUUGCAUUUUUGAGGUCACUAUAAAUACAACAUCCACAUUGAGUGCUUCUCAAAAAUCAUACAACUACUUUAUGAUGCUUGUUUAGAAUAAAUACAUUGCCAUUUCAUAAGAACGAACUAGUUUAAAUGCAAGGUAAUUUGGGAAGUAAUCUAUGAAGGAAAAAAGAAAUUUAAAGCUCUGAAAGUAGAAAAUGUGUUUUACCUCUCCCUUUAUUCAUUUAAGGUAUACCAUUACGUUCUUAUAAAUAUCAUCUCUUUAAGGGGUACUGUCUACAGUUCAUGCACGUGUAGUUUCUUUUAAAGUUUGUGAAAUUUAUGCUUCUUCUCUAAGUAGGAGGAGACAUCUCUCAGUCCUUUGUACAACUGGAAUCUCAGUUGCAAAAAUACAUUGGCUGUUGGUUGCACCUUUGAGGAAAAAAAUACAAAUAGUUUCCUCCAUUUUUCAUUUUAAUUAGAAUUCUGCUUUUUUAUUACUAACAUUUAAACCAGUGAGGUUUAUGUUGUGUUAAGCUAGUGCUGUAUUGAGUUUUGUAUCUAUAAUGAAUGUUUAAAAUAUACAUAUGUAAACAUUUUCAUUUUCCUAAUCUUUCAGAGAUAACUGAUAGUAACUAAAAUUUUAGGGGCACCUCUACUUCUCAGCUUUUUAUGGAAAGAAGAAAGUUAAGUAUUAUGUUCAAUAUCCUAUUGGGAUUUCCUUCUAAACUUCUAUUUGUUUCUGUGUUCUUUUGCAUUCAUUGUCCAGAUGAAAAAGAAGCGAAUAAUAAAGCAUUGCUUUGUUUUGCUAAUUAA